GUGUUGGACAAACGGUAAGAUGUAUGCAGAGUGUAGCUGGACUCGGAAUAAUUAACUCACCUGCAAAAAAGACGUGUGAAGAGGCGAUAGCUACACAGAGGAAGCUGCAAAAAUGGGCAAGAAGAACAGCAAGCUCAAGCAAGAUACUAUCGAUCGACUCACCACUGACACGUAUUUUACAGAGAAGGAGAUUCGACAGUGGCAUAAAGGUUUUCUUAAGGACUGUCCGGAUGGCUUACUUACUGAGCUGGGAUUUAUUAAAAUCUACAAACAAUUUUUCCCACAAGGUGAUCCGUCCAAAUUUGCAUCUCUUGUAUUCAAAGUUUUUGAUGAAAAUAACGAUGGUUCAAUAGAAUUUGAGGAAUUCAUUAAAGCCUUAUCAGUAACGUCAAGAGGAAAAUUGGAUGAAAAGCUACACUGGGCUUUCCGAUUGUAUGAUGUCGAUAAUGAUGGUUUUAUUACAAGAGAUGAGAUGUACAACAUUGUGGAUGCAAUAUAUGAGAUGGUGGGUCAGCAGCCACAUGCAGAGGAUGAGAAUACACCUCAAAAAAGAGUUGAUAAGAUUUUUGACCUGAUGGACAAAAAUCACGAUGAAAAAUUGACCCUGGAGGAGUUUCGAGAAGGGAGUAAGGCGGAUCCAAGGAUUGUGCAAGCUUUAUCGCUGGGUGGUGGACCGGAAUAGCAAUGUUGUUUUUACAUACGUAAUGUUUAGGGUAAUGAGGGAAUAUUAAUUGACUAACUAAAUAAGUUCGAGACUGUUAUUAUAUACAUGACGGUAGUAUAAGACGUACUUUUUUUCGAAAAAUUUCUGAAAUUUUCUCAAAAUUACGAACUGCGAUAUUUACGGUCUAAUUCAGCUAUGUAAAGUAUUGAUUUUUAUCAGAGUGUAGGCUGAUAAUUACAUUUUUAAUGCAAUCAACUAUUAAUUUAAGUUGCAAUAGCCUAUACACUCUCAGCUCAAAAGAAAGGCUGGCCCCGCUUUCUGUGAUAAUUAUUAACAAUCAUACUGGUUAAAUUAGUGUGACUAGCAUUACAAAAUAUUGUACGAUAGAAGUAAGAUAUAAUGAUACAUUGUUGUACGCCAUUUGUGCAGAGAAAAAUGAUAACUCAAAUGUUAUAAGACAUGGUCAAUUCGCGUUAAAAUCGUUAUUAAUAAUAUAAUUGUUCUGUAGUUUGUUAAUGCAAAACUGUUACUCAUUGUGCGCAUUAUGUAAUUUUUGAACGUUGCUUGUUUUCAUGAAAAUAUAAGCGCA